AUGCGUUUUCUCUUCACGAUCACUUUCUAUUGGAUCACAAUAUCGACAGUUUUCUCGUUGGGAGUUCAAGGCAAUCCCAAAUAUCAACGCUUCUUCGUUAAUACAAAGGCGAUUAACUUUGUUGAUGCUACGAAGCAUGGCUUUCGAAUCGUUUUAUUGGAUUCAUUUCUUGACUCGUAUCUAGCACCCAUACAAAUACCAACACUCUUCAUCACUGCCGUUCCGUUGAAGUCCGACGAGAAAGCCGUUACGAAAGUCUUAUAUCCGGACAACAUCCGAGAAGACAAACAGGUUAGUGUCACUGAUCUACGCGAGCGAUCGUGGUACUUUAUCUGUAUCGAAUGGGAGAAUUUCAACCGUCACAAUGAGUCGACUGGAACUGAUUGUCGAACACUGCGAACGUUGGAUCGAUUCGGUAAAAGUGCUGAAAGUAGUGUGACGGAUGUGGAAAUUAAUGAUAUAUCAUCAACUGCGAUGCAUUUCAGAAUACGUUCCAUCGUUGACUUCCCAAUGCGGUUAACGGCAUCAUUAGAAGGCGGAACGGCCCCGCUGCCGCCAUCUCAAACAUUCGUAUUCCAUGAAUCGACUGAUUUGGAUGUUUUGUUUACGUAUUUGAAAGAGGAUACAGAAUACGGUAAACUUUGUAUUCUGGAAGAACCUUUGAUUACUGGUUACACAACAAUGGGACGGAUGAUUGCCGACAUGUACAUCCAAAAGUGCUAUUUUGGUAAAUUAAAGACAAAAGAUUAUGAACUAUCAACGUACGACACAGAGGCAAGUCCGUUUAAACGUGCCGCUUCAGCGACUUCAUUAAGACUUAAUGAGAGUAUAUUUUUAGCCUUAUUGACAUGGAUUUUAUUGUAUAUUGUGAAUAGGUAA